AUGCAGGCAACUGGCUCUGAGAUCAUAAUGAGAACUGUUGGAAUGGAGUUCAAGACUGAGACCAACACCUAUGGUGGCCAGCUCUACAACCCUAUCGAUUUGAAGAUUGAGAUAGAUGAGAGCUUCAGCAGCUUCGGAAACCAGACCAUGUCAUAUCCCGGCAGUGCCUCUUCCAGCUUUUCAUCGGCUUCAUCGAUGUACGACCCCUUUACACCUCCCUCUGGCCGCUCAACACCAUCUCAACACCGCAACUCCAUGGAUUUCGAUACUGUUUUCGGUCCUGAGACCAUGGUCUACGACUUCACGCCGCCUCCUUCUUCAGUGUCUGCAUACUUCCCCACAGACAUCAAGCCCGCCUCGAGCCCUGACUUCUGUGAUGGAGUUCCUAUCACUCCCAGUCGAUAUAGCCAUAUGACUUUGGCAUCUCAGCACAAUAUGGAGGCUCUUACCCCUACUCACGACAUGAGCUUCAGCUUCAACGAAUGUGCCUCAUCUUCAUCUCCCUUCUCCAUCCCAACGCCUGCUCAGUCUUUCAACGGUGGCAAUGGCUGUGAAAUGUCAAUGUGGCAGUUCAACAGUGACAGCCCCAUCACAUUCAACUCAUCGCCCAGAUAUUCGAUGCCAACACUUCACAGCAAUGCCGACUUUGGCGGUGCCAGGAGAAGGCUAUUUACGAACAAGGCCCAGCGUGCUUCGACCGUCCUGCAGCAAGUUCAACAAUCACCAGAGUCUCAGAAGAGGGCUUUGAAGAAGAGGAAAUCAUCCGCAGACCUCGUGUCCGAGAGUGGUAUUACUAUCGAGACUGCCAAGGCUGGCAAGCACAAGUGUGAUUUCCCUGGAUGCACACGCACUAAGGGAUUUGAGAGACGGGAGCAUCUGAAGAGACACAUGAGAGAGCAUGACCCUAACCACCGACGAUGGACUUGCCAAUACUGCCGUCCAGAGCGUAAGGUUUUCUCUCGGCAUGACAACUACAUGACACAUCUCCGCCUGCACGUGAAGCCUAAGGGCACGGGCGGACGAACAAACUACGCACCAGCUGCCGCCGCCGAGCUAAAGGAGGCAGAGAAGCAACGCCGGUGCAAGCUCAAGAUCGCCAAGUCCAACCCGAGCAUUAAGAUCGAGGACGGCGAGGAGGAUGACGCAUGA